GACCUCAGCGUAUAGCAACAACAACACACGGCAACAUGGCGGGGAACCCAGCUGUAGCACAUCUACCUGUGUCUUUAACAUGGUCCCACGUGAGAGAACGACCGCCACCACUGGCAAGCAUGCCAGCGAUGUGGCAAGCCAAACACCACCUCCACCCACCAUACCACAGCAGUCACUGUGAUCACGCCAAGGGAGGCUGGAAAAAGUGGUCUAUGGGAUGUGCAGGCCAACAUGGCGACUGGCACGCUGCCAGACCCUUUGCUUAUGAACCAGACUGGUAUACAAGAAAGGUGGACUAUAUCAGAGAAGGCAACUACAAGUACAGGUCUUGGCCCUGGGAUCAAGCAUCACAUGCCACCACACGCAAAGGAGACGGAAUACGCACAUUCACAAACGAGACCAUACGACAUGAGGUAUUAGAGCCACGUAACAUAGGCUAUACAGGAACUCCACAGCAAUUCCCGUAUGAGGUCCCACCACCAAAGUGGGGCUUGUACCAUCCACAUAACUAUGAAGAACCAAUCAGGUUCAACCAUUUUCCACCAAUCAGAGGGUGAAAAUAUUCAAAAUGCAGACUGUCUUUAUCAUAUGUCAUUAUUUGCAUUUGCAUUCCCCUCUUUUUUUGCUUUCUUAAAAAAGAUUUUUACCAUUGAAAUGUAUAAUGAUGACUGCUAUUGUGUCAGUUUAAAACAGAGAUCCCUUUUGAUAACUUUCUUUUGGUCAUGGUCAUUUAUAAGGAUUUUCGACUAACCAAUCCACCACUGUGACACUGCAUGUGACAAAACAAAUAGGGAAUGCUAUAUGUUCAAGCAGCAAGCUUUUUCAUCAACACAAAAGAUAAAUGAUAAAAGAAAGCAUAGCAAUCUCCCUAAAUAUCUGGAGGGGGGAUCAGGGUUCUCUAGAGCACUGAAAGCAAUUUCAAAGCAGUUUUCAGCCUAGCUGCCAAUCAGUUAUUAGCGUGCUUGGGUUGAUAAUUAUAUAUGCUACAAGUCAAUAUAGCCAACCUUUAUAAUGCAAGCCUUUCACUGCAAACUUCAUCUAAGUUAAAAAAGAAGAAUAAAAGCCAGGAGAUCUAUGUGCCAAGUGUAACUAUGCGCAGUAGCAUGAAAGCACCAGAAUAACUUUACAUGUGUACCUUACAGUAGUGUCAGUUACCGCCUGCUGGAGUCAACUUUUAAUUUGGGUCUGUGGGUGCUUUUGUAAAGCUCCCAGUUGAAUCUUUUUCAAAACUAAUAACAACAAAUAAGCUGCUAUAACUGCAGACAUAUCUGAUGGUAGAAGUGGUGACAUGUUGUACAUUAUUUAUGUCUGUAUGACAUGCUGGUAUGUUCAUUCUGAGACGAUUUUUAAAAAAGUCAGACCACCUUAAUAUGUGAUAUGUGUCUCUAUUCGCUUGGUGAAAUUGCCUGGUUUCUAUUAUAGCAAUUACAUGAUUUAUUAUUCACCAUCAUGCAUUUCAUAUUGAUAUGGAUGACUUAAGUCUUUUUUUGUUAUGUAUGUUUAUUGUAUUCAAACUGCAAAGUUUGUCUUGCCACUAUAUGUGUAUAUGUCCUUAUUAAUAAAGCUACUUAUAU